AUGUCGCCUCUCAGCCAAAUGUCACGUCCCCUUGUCCGCAGUUCCAGCAACAUGCGAUCUUUCUCGAUUGCCGUCCCUGCUCGACGCGAGGGACAAGUGAUCAAUCCCAAGCCCCGUGGAUAUCUGGCCGACAAAGAGCCAAUCACCCGCCGUGAAGCUACCAGCGAGCGAUACUUUGUCAGGACCCAGCCGACGCAACCUGAACAGCCCGAGACAUACCAGAUGGUGCGGCAGAAGAUGCUCGAACAUCGUCGUCAUCUCGACGAACUGGACCAAUAUCUGUGA